CGUAAAGGCUGCCGGACGUGCGCACCUCGGAUGUUAGGGUCAGCUGGUUUUGACCACGGAGCGACGAAUGACUCCGACGCGGUGCUUCGACCGCGACGAGUAAAAAAGAUGGACCCGCCCGAGCCCGGCGCCGAGCAGGAGGCUCCGGCGGCGCCCGUGGACGUGGACGUGGACGCCGCGGUGCUGCUGCUGGGGGCGGGCGUGACGGCCGCCACGCACCCGCUGCUCUACGUGAAGCUGCUCAUACAGUUGGGCCACGAACCUCUCCCCCCGACUGUGGGCACAACCAUGUUCAGAAGAAGAGUCUUAUACUUGCCUGGCUUCUUCUCCUACGUGCAUCACAUCGUGGAGGUGGACGGAAAGAGAGGACUCCUCCGUGGCCUCUCGCCUUGUCUCGUGUCCAGUGCCAUCUCCACCGUGGUCAGGAGCAAAGUCAAACAGGUGGAGCAUCUGUUCAAGAGAGAUGACCUUCAGACUUCCCUCAGGAAAGUGGUCAAAGAGACUUCACACGAGAUGAUCAUCCAGUGCCUGUCCAGAGUAGCCACUCAUCCUCUUCAUGUUAUGUCUGUGCGCUGUAUGGCCCAGUUUGUUGGCAGAGAGGUCAAGUACAGCGGGAUGAUCCGUUGUAUCACCAGCAUCUUCAAGGAGGAGGGAGUCGCUGGAUUCUACGUUGGCCUCAUGCCCCACAUGCUGGGAGAGCUCCUCUUCCUGUGGGGCUGUAACCUCCUGUCUCACCUCAUCAAUACCUACGCUGUGGACGAGAGUUUCAGUCAAGCCUCCGCAGUGAGAAGCUACACUAAGUUCGUGAUGGGCGUCGCAGUGAGCGUUCUCACGUAUCCGUUCAUGUUGGUGGCCGAUCUCAUGGCGGUCAACAACUGUGGUCUGGCUGCAGGUCUUCCUCCUCGCUCUCCCGUCUUCAAGUCCUGGCUGCGUUGCUGGAAUCACCUGAGCCUCAAGGGUCACCUCUUCAGAGGGUCCAGCCUCUUCUUCCGUCGGGUGCCUGUGACCUCCCUGCCCUCCCUCCACGACUGACGUCAUCAUCAUCGGAUGAACUUUUCGUGACAGAAGCUUCGGUCUGGUUUCAGUGGGGGAUGAGGACAGACGCUCCGACUGACGCCAUGGCCUCCUCUCCAUAGCAACAGCUGCUGAGGCUCAUGGGUACCGCAGUGGCUCCCAUGCUGGCUGCUUCCUGUCGUUUACUACACUGUUGUUCUUCUUUGUUUCAUCGCAUGCACCCACCAUCUGUACCGCUACCUGUCACUACACUGUUUUCCGAUUUUUAGUGGGUCGGCCCACGUUUAAAAAAUCUGGGUCUACGUGGUGUGUGUGUGUGUGUGUGUGUGUGUGUGUGUGUGUGUGUGUGUGUGUGUGUGUGUGUGUGUGUGUGUGUGUGUGUGUGUGUGUGUGUGUGUGUGUGUGUGUGUGUGUGUGUGUGUGUGUGUGUGUGUGUGUGUGUGUGUGUGUGUGUGAUACAGAUGACAGUAAACACUGACACAGGGUUACCUGAUCUUUAAAUGUGUAGGUGUAUAAGUCUUAAAUUUUACUUUUAUACCUCAAGUUUUUGGUUUUCCUUUUCCGUCCUUUUUUAAAAUGUUUUUAAAAUAUUUAACUGCUAUAACUUUUUUUAUUCCAUCACCCAAAAAUGUUUUAACCUGUACCGACAUGUUCCUGUUGGUGUGUGUGUUCCCUGAAGGCUGCGCUCAUGUGACGUUCAUGUUCUUACGUUCAUGUUCGGACGUUCGUGUUCCGGCUGUCGCUCGUCCUGUUUCUUCGUGGACCGUGUUGUGAUUGUUCCACUCGUUCUUUCUCCCUUCGGCUGUUACUGAAAUAAAACGCCUUCCUAAAGGCUCUGAUUUUCUAAUAAGGCACCCUUUAUUAAUGAGCCAUUCACUAAUGCUUAGGCGACCAGUGUUUCUGCUUCAUGUUGUGCCCUGCUGCCCAGUGUUGAUCAUUUCACGACAGUGAUGGUCGUGUCAAACUAAUACUGAAUGCAUUACCUGACUUUAUGAAAACAUAUGAAAAUGACCUUGAAGCAGCACACCUCCGUCGACAGUUCCUCAACGUUAAAGAAAGUGAUGACACAUUCCUGGAUCCGUCCCUUUGUCCGGAUCCUCCCCAAUAAUAAUGAAUGGGUUCUUCAUCUUCUCCAAAGUUUCAUGGAAAUCCAUUUUGUAGUUUUGAUGUAAACAGACGGCCAAUUUGAAAACAUAAUCUCCUUCGGUGGACGUGGUUGAACUAAUAAUCUUACAUGAACAGGAAACAAGAUUAAUAAGUCUGUACUUAAUUUUGUAAUAUGAUUUUCAAAAUGUGCAUAUUGAAUAGGAUAUACAGCUAGUCUGUGAUAUA